GACGGGUUCUUGAAAGUGCAUAAUUGUCCGGAACGAGUCUCCAAAGUCAAUCCUUGUCUUGAUCUGGCAUUGUCAAACGCAACUUCCUGAGAAAUCUUGUUCCCUCAGCUUCUACAUCAUCUAAUUAAGAAUCUCGCUUUCAUCCUGCUACCAAGGCUUUUGCCCGGCAAUGAGGGAUAGAUGAAAAGUCGACAAUGGGUUUUGGUUUUGGAUUCAAACAAUGAGGGAAAGACGGUUCUGGAAAGGUCCAUGCCUUUCUCUCCUUCAGUUUCGAGGAAAAAAUAGUUAAUAGUUUGAAGAUUCACAAGGGGCAACAACUUGCUGAGUAUAUAUAAUUACAUCCAUUGCACUAGUUGUUGAGCACCAUCGAUCCAUUCAAAAAAACAAGUGAAAUUAUGGCUGAACUUGCUGUUGCACUGGGUUCAGCUGAGAUCGUUAUACGUUUGCUCAGUAAAUUCAAUCUCCAACCAGAUGUGCAGAAUGAAAUCCAGGGCUUGGAAAGUUGGCUGACAUCAAUGAAGGCCUUCAUAGAAGACAAUGAUGGCCGCGAAGGGAGCAGGACCCUGGAAGUUCAGAUGGAGAAAGUUCGAGAUAUUGCUUAUGAUAUAGAAAAUGUUCUUGAGGAGUUUUUCCUUCACUCACCACCUUAUACAUUUCACAACCACACAAUCACUCGGACGGUUCACAAGUUUGCCCACAAUGUCUAUCAUGGAUUUCCGCUUCGUAGGAUCUCCAACAAGAUAGCAAACAUCAAUAGAAAUAUAACAAAUAUCAAAUUACAGCGUGAAGCUUUUCCUGAUAAUUAUUGCAGUUCAACACCAUUAUCAAAUUCCAGAACAGGGAUUCAGCACCAGGCGAGUCCUCUUCUCCUUGAUGAUGAAAUGGCUGGCUAUGAAGAGCCAAAAAGAACAUUUAUUUGUCAGUUGGUAGAUGGAGAAAAGGGGCUGGUCACACUAGCAGUGGUUGGUCCUCGUGGUUCCGGGAAGAGGACAUUUGUGAAAAAUGUUUUAUGGAAACCUGGAAUUCGGGGACAAUUUGAUUGUCAUGCUUGUGUUCAUGUGUCUCAGUACUUUAAUGUUGCGGAACUCUUUAUCAACAUGCUGAAACAGUUGUGUUAUUCCAGGAAGGAACCAUAUCCAGCUGAUGACAGUUCAAGCACACUGGCAAAUCUGCAAAAUUACCUGGCUGGAAAGAAGUUCGUUAUCAUUCUUGAUGAUAUUUGUAGUAAGGAACACUGGGAUGACAUCAAAAUUGCAUUCCCAAACGCGUUUCUUGGCUGCAGAAUAGUUGUCACAACCACGUCCUCAACUGUGGCCUCCGUAUGUGCAUCAUCAAGCAAUCAUAUAUGCAGGUUAAAUGGAUUUGAAUGGUCGGAAGGCUGGAAACUCUUACGCAGAAAGGCCUUCCCGAACAGCAAUGGAGAAUGCCCUUCUGAGUUGAAAGACUCUUCCGUUAAAAGUGACAAAAAAUGUGAAAUCAGGCGUGGUUCCGAGCUGUCUGUCAUCGCCAAUCCUCUGCUGCCAGGAUACAUGGAUCUCUCCAGCAAUCUGAAGAGUUGUCUCUUGUACUUCAGCAUUUUCCCUGAAGGUUACUCUAUCAAUCGUGGAAGGUUGAUACGUCUCUGGGUAGCUGAACGGUUUGCGACAGAAACAGCCGAGAAAACUGAAGAGGAGGUUGCUGAGGAUUAUCUGAAUGCACUUAUCCACACGAAUUUGAUUCAUGUUUCCAACAGGGAUUUUGAUGGUCGACCUAGAAGUUGUCGAGUCCUUAACCUUGUCUUCCAGUUUAUCAUCCAAAAGUCCAAGGAUGAAAAUUUUGCAUCAAUCUUUCCGAGAGCAAAUACAAGUCAAAGCCAGAAGAUCCGGCGUCUGUCAAUCCACAACGAUUGCACCCAUUUGCCCAAGAAAAGUGACCUCAAGCGUGUCCGUUCGGUGUUUUUAUUGGGAUUGCUUGAAAAAUCUAUUCCUGAUUUUGAGGGGAUUUUACGGAAGUCCAAGUUCCAAAGAGUCUUAGACUUGCAAGGCGCUUCUCUCACAGAAUUUUCCGAGGACAUCACCAGUCUCACCCUUCUGAGGUAUCUUAGUUUGAGGGACACCAAAAUAGCGAAGAUUCCCAGUUCUAUUAAGAAACUUUCUUACCUUGAAACCUUGGACUUAAGACAAACUGAUAUCACAGAGCUUCCGAAAGAAAUAUCCUAUCUGCACAACCUCCGUCACCUCUUUGCCUACAAAAAGAAUGUGAGCAAUUACGUAGGUUUUGAUUCAGAGAGAGGUGUUAAGAUACCUGGCGGAAUCAAGCACUUAACUAAUCUACAGGAUUUGUCCCUUGUGAUCGUAGACGCAAAGGGCAGAAUCCUCAAACAUUUGAAAGAAUUGAGCCAACUCAGGAAGCUAGGACUUACAGGGCUACUGAGUGAGCAUGGUGAAGCUCUGUCUGCAUCUGUUGAACAGAUGAAAAAUCUUAGAAAUCUGAAUUUAUGCUCUGCCAGCAAGGUCGAGUAUCUUGAAGUGACAGAAAUGACAAAUCCUCCUCACACUCUUCAGCGUCUAUACUUAAAAGGGCUCCUGAGAGAACUUCCCUGGUGGAUCUCCUCACUUGAUAACUUGCUCAGGAUUGGUCUGAAGUGGUCUAAAAUGGAGAAAAGCCCACUGCAGGCUCUCGCGUUCCUGCCGAACCUAGUGGAGCUUCAGCUGGUGGACUGUUAUAUUGGGGAAGAGUUGAUAUUUGAAGCUAACAGUUUCAAGAAGCUAAAGAAUUUACUGAUUGAAGAAUUCUCCGAACUCCGCACAAUUGUGAUACAGGGUGGAGCAAUGCCCGACCUGAAAGAGAUGUCACUUGGUAAGUGCCCUGAACUGAGGAUGUUACCACAGGGAAUACACAAUCUUGCCAAGGUUGAAAAGCUGACUGUGUAUGACAUGGGCAAGGAGUUGGUAGCUCGAAUCAGAAAGAAUGGUAAAGAUAAGGAGAUGGUUAGACGCAUUCCUGUCGUUCACAUUCAAUGAUCAAUAUUGCUCAUUUGAGAAUCUUUCUGAUUCUUUCUCAAGUUGAAGCUGCCUUACAGUUAGUUUCAAUAACACUUUGUGUUUCAAAACCAAGAAAAUAUGAAAAAUUAUGUUCAGUUUGUUUUC